AUGGACGGCUUUAGACACGUCUUCCUUAUCCCAUCGGAUGGGAGCUUUUCAUCAGCCCAGGGACAGCAGACGAUGCCGUGGAAGGGCGGGUUCGCGGCAGAUGGGAAGAACACACUUGCUUCCAUAGCCUCUCGCAAAUCAGGUGACGGGGGCAAUGACCAGCGCCUCGUCCUUGGCGGUGUUGCUGCAACGCUUGAGCAUGUAGGCGAAGGUGCUCUUGGCGGCCAUGGUGGUGACAAGAGCAACCCCGUAGAAGGCCCUCGAGGCCGUCGGUUGCCAGACGUCGAGCAGCUGCUCUCGCCUAACCCUAGUGUGGUACAGCAGCCAAAGGAAUUGCUUUUGGAGGAGCUGCUUCACGCUGCAGAACAGGGAUUAGUUCAACCAGGGGCCCGGGAACCGGACGGUCAGCAGUAUGUCGAUAUUUUGACGAAGUCCGACUCGGCGCAAUCCGGAGGGAGAAGAGCUCGCGAUGGCACACCAUCUCCAACCAAGCACUCGGGUCGUGAACGCCGAGGAGAGAAGGGGGCGUCCAGCCGCUCUUCCAACGGGAUCCUCGACAGUCAUUUAGCCCUCCAGACUGCCCUAGUCACAAUGCUGCAUCUUCAGGCACAAGGCGGGCUUCAGCGGAAGCCCGUUUUCCCAAAGCGGAACUUGCUGUGCUUGAGUUUCUUGAGAUUGGGCAUCUGCCCAAAUAGGGAAAGCUGCAACUAUGCGCACAACAUGACGGAACUACAGAAGAAGCUGGAGCUGCGGAAGACAUCUUUGUGUAAAUACUGGUUAAAGGGAAAAUGCGAGAAUGAGGAUUGCAAUUUUGCUCACGGAGAGCACGAGCUUCAGUCGACUGUUGGUGUUUUCAAAACAACCAUAUGCAAGUAUUGGCGACAGGGCUGUUGCUACAGUGGAGAACUGUGCAGGCACGCACAUGGAGACGCGGAUCUUCGACCGGAGAACCUUCCUCCUCACCUAGAGAGGAAGAAACGGCAGCAGCAGCAGUCUCGGCUUAGUGGACGGGGCUCAGGCCAUAGAAGGGAAAGGAUGCCAGCAGGCUGCGGUGCAGAAGCCGUGGAAGAGAACCGUGACAAAUUGAAGGACAAAGGUGAAGUCACGUUUGACUGCCUGCGGCAGGUAAUAAAUGGAGGAAUGCUACCUGACUCGGGCGCCAACGCGUCGGCAUCUUCUUUGGACACACUUUUGGCCAAGGUGAACUCUCUGAAGCGUUGGGACACCCAAGGUUCAAGUAGUUCGGACCGCUCAACGGAUGCUUUGUUGUCACCAGCUUCGGAAUCUCCCAGGUGCUUGCCGUCUCGCAGUUGUACGAGCAUCUCUUCAGCAUCAAUGUGGAGUUUAUCACCGGAGCACAGUUUCACUUCGUCUACGGCGACCGGAUUGGGAAAUGGCUGCGCGCUCCCCAGGCAGGCUGCACCUCUCCUGACCCGAUGUUCUGAUAUAGCAUUCGAUGGCUCGACGCUAGUGGGUGCGCAGACGGCUCUUCUGGCCGUCCAUGGUUCCAGGCGUAGCACUGAGCCUGCCUUCGGGACAAACUCCCUGAUGGAUGCUCAGGAGGUCUUUGGUGCAUAUGGGAAGUCGUACUCGUCGCCCAUUCAGUUGCAUAGCUCUACGGCUCCUCCACCAGGGCUUACAGGUCUACAUAGCUUACGUGGUACAGAGGAGAUGCAUUGCCGCUUACCACGGCGACGAUGCGAUUUGGACAAAAUAGUCCGAGAGGGUUCACCGUACAGGGAGAAGGAUGCAUCACGAACUGCAUUUGCAGAGAACGGUGCAGAAGGCGGGAACAGCAUCACAUGGUCAGCAGCUUGGUAA